AUGCAUGUGGGACACCUUCUAUUGGGGCAUCCUUGGCAAUUUGACCGAAGAGUAGUUCAUGAAGGAUACACGAAUAGCUAUUUGUUCAAGCAUCUUGGAAGAAACGUCACGUUAGCCCCUCUCACACCAAAGCAAGUUUAUGAAGAUCAGCUCAAAAUGAAGCAAUAUGUGGAGAGAUCAAAAGAAAAAGAGCAAAAUAAAAAGAAUGAAAAGAAAAAGAGUGGAAUAAGUGAGAAAACUGAGUUAAAAACACAAGUGACAAAAGAGAAAGAAAAUGAGAAAUGCUUGUUGGAAACUAACGAGAUUGAAAGAACUUUGCCUUCUCCUAUUGUUUCUUUGUUACAAGAAUUUGGAGACGUAUUUCUCGAUAAAGUACCAAACGGGUUGCCUCCCAUUCAAGGCAUCGAGCACCAAAUCAACUUUGUGCUUGGUGCUGCUAUUCCGAAUAAACUGGCUUAUCGGAGUAAUUUUGAGGAAACGAAGGAGUUGCAAAGGCAAGUAGCUGAGUUAAUGGAACAAGGCUACAUCGGCGAAAGCUUAAGUCUGUGUGCGGUUCCCGUCUUGCUGCAAGUCAUUGGAAGAUCACGUUCAACAUCUGCGUGCGAUGUUAGAAGUUUUGCGAAAAGAGGUUUUGUGGUGAGUGCCCGAGGUCUACAAGUUGACCAAGAAAAGGUCAAAGCGAUCAAUGAGUGGCCUUGUCCAACAAAUAUCAGCCAAGUAAGGAGUUUUCACGGGUUGGCAAGCUUCUAUCGAAAGUUUGUGCCUAAUUUUAGUACCUUAGCUGCCCGCUUGACAGGUAUUAUCAAGAAAAACUCACCCUUUCAUUGGACUGAUGAUCAAGAAAAUGCCUUUAAUAAAAUUAAGGAAUGUCUAACUAAUGCUCUAUUAUUGUCUUUACCUGAUUUUAACAAGACAUUCGAAGUUGAGUGUGAUGCCUCAGGAAUUGGCAUUGGAGCCAUUUUGACGCAAGAUGGAAGGCCUGUAGUCUAUUUUAGCGAGAAACUCAAAGGCACCAAAUUGAAAUAUCUAACGUACAACAAGGAGAUGUAUGCCUUGAUCCAAGCCUUAGAGACUUGGCAACAUUAUCUAUGGCUGAAUGAAUUUGUAAUCCAUACGGAUCAUGAGGCUUUAAAGCACCUCAAAGGAAAAAUGAAGCUCAAUAUUUGUCUUGCCAAGUGGGUGGAAUAUUUGGAGUCCUUCCCCUACGUGAUAAAGUAUAAGAAAGAUCUUUAUCAAAAUGAUGCUGAUUUUGGUGCAAUAUAUAAGUGUUGUUGGCAUGGUUCAUAUGAAAAGUAUUUUCAGCAUAAACGUUAUCUUUUUCGUGAAGGCAAGCUGUGUAUACCCCAAGGGUCUGUUAGGGAAGUGCUUAUCAAUGAAGCCCAUAGUGGUGGACUUAUGGGUCACUUUGGAGUGAUGAAGACCUUAGCCACAUUGCACGAACACUUCUAUUGGCCCAAGAUGAAACGUGAUGUAAUAAGGAAGUGUGAUCGAUACAUUACUUGUAAGAAAGAAAAGUCACGGGUCAAACCACAUGAUGGCAAAAAGAAGGCCGAUUUUGUUAAACAGCUUCAUAAGAACGUCAAAGACAAUAUCGAAAGAAGAACCGAACAAUCUGUUCGAGGAGCGAACAAGAGGAGCAAACGAGUCGUAUUCAAACCUGGCGACUGGGUUUGGCUCCACAUGCCCAAAGAGAGGUUUCCCGAGCAAAGAAAAUCAAAACUUUUACCAAGGGGUAAUGGUCCAUUCCAAGUAUUGGAGCGGAUCAACGAUAACAUUUACAAGCUCAAUUUACCCGGUGAGUAUGGAGUGACUAUUUGGGAUGGGAGCUCGGCCAAGGAGUUAGAUGCUGAACCUAUGGAGCUACCAUUGGGACCAAUCACUCGAGCUCGUGCCAAAAGGAGCAUGCAUAGGAUGGCAUGGAAUGUACAGCCAACAAAUGCACCUCUUCAUGGACACCAAGGGUCAAAGGUGAUGGUGAUUUAUCUCCUCGAGGAUGGCCAGUCAACUCCCCCAAGCAGCAUCUUUGUGUUCACAUUUUGCUGA